AUGACUGCCAAUGAUGGCCUCAUGCAAGCACUGCAAGAUUCACUGACACAGCUGGCCCACUCGUUCCAAGCCAUCGAGACAUCCAUCACCGUCAAGCAGAUAGCCGAAUGCUUUGAACACUUACAAGAUGCGCAUCGAACAGCGCUGGAUCGGCUAUUCUUUCUUAUCUAUCAGCGCAACCAUAUCGAUUCGUCAUCGCCUGGCUCUUGCGCCAUAAUUCGAUCCUCUGCGCGGUCCAAUAAUCGUGAUCACGCAAUACAAGAGCAAUCCAGCAACAGCACGAGACCCUCCGUCUUACGCAAAGUGGCACCGGCUCCGCCCCCAUCCCAGUCAUCGACCACUCCCCGACCCAUCAACGUAUCAGCUCCUAACAUCAAUGUCUCGGCAGACACUGCUGUCAGAGCCGCUCACAGCAAGCGACAAUGGAGGGAGAAGGGAAACGAUCGCAGCGGGAUUCUCACAGAAACGAUCGCGAAGCGCUCAAUCCCGAAUCCUGACCUGCUUCCGGAAAUCCCCUCCCCACAAGAUCGACGCCAGCUACCGACAUCUGGCUUAGCGCUCACGUGCAUCGAAGCGCAGGGACCGGCCCGCUGCAUUACAGACAUCACGUUCCCAGCCACCAUCAGACCCCUGCUACAGACGUGCAUGUCCGACCCGUCUGCGUUUUUACGAGCAGUGACCGCGGGCAAAGUCUCACUUCCCGAUGGCCAGGGCUGGGAAGCUGCAAUAGCGACCAAAAGCAACAAUGCUGAUCUGCGGGACCUCACAAGAAUUUUCCACAGGUUCGAGUGCUACAACAUCUACCAGCAUGUCGUUGAAGCAGGCUACCACACUGGUUCUCAUUGGAUCAGGGAAAUGAGACCCCUGCUUGCACAUAAGUUGUGUCACGACUUGCCCGCGCAUUUCAUCGACCAGAAAGCUGCAAACAAGUGCUUGCAAUGGGUCGAUCAGGGCUGCCGGUAUCGUGAAUGGGCCGAGAAGCUUUCCGGCUCAGCGGUUAAUCUUGGCUAUCUCGUGGCAUUGCCUUGCAAUGUUCCACACUCAACGUAUACGUCUAGAUGUACGAAGGAACAGAUCGUUGCAGCGGUGCUCGAGCUCAAACGACUUGGCAUUGAUGACGCUGUUGAGCAGCUGGAACUCUCCCACCUUGCCAAUCACAUAGUCAUCAGCCUACGUGAGAUGACCGCAGGAAAACGUGCAGAACCCAGUGAGCUCCCAGCCAAUGAGACAUCUAGACCGAUCAUUGACCACCGCACUUACAUGACUCCGCAGUUGCGCAAUUACCACCACCUAUGCAGCCACGCUGUAGAGCACAGAUAA